AUGUCUUUCGAUGCUCCGCCCUCGACGCUGGCUGCACAACUGGUUAACAACUUGUCCAGCAAGAACCCGCCCUCUGGAGGAGCUGAGGAUGAGUUGCGACAACUUGCGCAACAAGUAUCCGAAAUGGAGAACAGUUUGGUUGAGACAUAUGAUCCAACUGUCAAGCUGGAGCACAAGCACAGACUGAUCUACCUACUCACACGUUCGGUUCUGGAGAGACUCGAUCAUGACCCUUUCAUCGAUGUCGGCCCUUUCUUAUCGCAAGCCUCAGACGCCCUAGAUAUCUUCCAGAUUGCCGUUAAAGAGUAUCCUGCUGUACUAGACUAUGUCUUACCUCCAGGUGUCUAUUUCCAGAGCCGUGGCCAAGAACCGCUCUGGAUAUGGUUAUUUCCACGCAUCCUUACACUUCUUGGGCGCCCGAGAUAUGAAUGUCUGACCGACAAGAUCAAAGAUUUCUUCUUUUCUUCGUUCCAGGUUGUCUCUAGAUCUCCAAAGUUAUGGAACUUGAACUCUUUCUUCUUCACCUAUCUCAAAGAGUGUGUCGCCAGUACAUUGACCCUGGUAGAUAUAUUGCAUCAUCUCGGACAGGCCAAGACCAUAUAUUCCAGGAAAGUAGAAAUUGUUCUACCAACUACUGAGGAUGAUUACCCUAUGUUCUUUUCCGACAAGGAUGAAAGCCAAUCGAGUCAUGUGCUUUACUGCACAUACAAACUCGAAGAUUCUCUAGCAAGCUUUUGCCAAGCUACUCAUUUGCUCCUCAUGCUUGUCGACAUUUCCAUAGAGGCAGCGUCGUCUUUUGACGCAACACCCGCGUUCCAAGAUUAUGUGGCAUGGAUGUUCACUUCGUUCUGUGCCCUUCACGACAUCUACCAGCAGUGGCAAGCUAACCGCUCUCUUUAUGAGGAAUGUCCCAACCCCGACAGUUUGUUCUUUUACUCUCUAUAUGCUCUCAUAUCGUCACUCAAAGACUCGUUAUCGCCAACACUUCUCAGAAAAGGAUACAACAUAGUGUCUAUUCUAUGUGGGAACAUUUUACAAGACCAGAGCCAGAUCUAUGAAACCUCAGACCAACUUGCUCUUUGCGCAUGUAUCCUGAAUCUGGCCAAUGUUUGUGAAAAACACUAUUCAAUGCGCAGAUCGAUCUCACUCCAACUUGUGCCCGUGAUUAAAUCAAUUCUGGAGGAUGAAUCAGCAUUAAACAGAUUGGGAAAAGAUUUCCAGAGCAGUGCUAUGCUUUUAUGUCAUGUUUGUGGCGACAAAGAUUCGGAGACUCUUGACUUGGAGAGCCUCAAAACUUUCGAGAGCGACGAGCUGUCGGCACAAUUCGAACGUCUCGACUUCCCUGACAAAGCCGCAGCAAUCCCUGAGGACGGAAACAACCAGGCCAUCGAGCCACUCAAGAAACGUCGCAAGAUCAGCGAAUUGGUGCCAGUGCUUGAUGAGAUCACAGGGAAUUUAUACGAACUGCUUGGCUCUCAGAGGGUCACCAGCAUACACGGCCUAUCUCAACUUGCUGAAACUUGUUUCACCGCGUUAGAUGAAGCAAAUAGGUGCAAGGCUUUCGAAUAUCUUGGCCAAGUCCCUUGUGCAGCUUCCGGUUGUCUCACAGUAACUCGAAUAAGUGGCAAAAUCCAAGAAGCUAAAUGCCUUGUCUGCGAAGGAUUGCCAGUUCCCAAGAAUACUCUUUUAGAUGAAAUUGUACACAACGAGACUAUGAAAGAAGCGAUCUCGACCUUCAGUACGCUCGUCAAGUCGGCUGCGUUCUCUGAUGGUAAGAAGGUACGAGUUUUGGCCAUGUUCGCUCUAAGGCGCUUUGCCAUGCAUUGCAGCGACGCAGACUUUAUAGAUCUCGAAAUCUCACAGCUCGGGCAAUGGUGUUUAUCAUCUUUGAAGAGCUCGACUCGCGAAUUACGUGUGGCUGCUGGGCGCACGCUGCCAGCUUUUCUGCGAGGCGAAUCGACACCCGAUUCAUUGACCAGAAAGAACAGGCUUAAUACUAUGAAUGUUCUGCGACCAUUUCCUGACACAGAACCAACGUACCUGCAGGAGACCUGUGUCCUUGCCUGGGGACAACUAGGAAGGAUCACACAAGAUGAUGAGUUUUGUCUUGUUCUACUUGCACUUGUCAAGUAUUUGGGCCAUAGUAACAGCAUUGUGUCCGGAACAGCAUUCAACGAGAUCCUCCGCUUGGCUAAAUCCGCUGGCAUGACUGUCGAACGCCUUUUUAGUCCAUUUUGGAAUGUAGUAGCCAUUGAAGCUGUAACGAAUCUUCUCGUUCGUCCGCAAACAUCGCAGCUGAUGGCAGAUCUUCUCGGUAUAUCUGUCACUGAAUUCUUGAGACUCACACAAUCACAUACUCUUCCAUACCUUGUCAUGAGCAAGAAGGUAGGUGUUAUCAAAAGAAUCUCGGAAGCCACCAAUGAGGAAAUUUUUUACCUUAUCAUGCGCCCCGAGAAUUUAGUGGCCGUGUUUGCACUUCUACUCCAACAGAGUGUAACGGACAUGGAGGUAUACAUCAUGUCUCUGCUUGGUUUUGCCUCUUCAGAAUUCAAGCGAGCCGACUUCCACCAACUUCUAAGGAUUGGACCAUGCGAGCAAGCCCUUCAUCUUCUGAAGGCCGCUGCUGAGGCUGAUGAUAGUAAGAGAUCGAGGAUUCGUCUCGGCAUGCAGUUUUUGGCGGAGCACACUAUUGAGCAUACCAAGGGCAAGGCAUUUAAUGCUCUUAGUAGCUUCUUUGAUUAUCACAUCCUCGGCUUAGUUGCACAUCUUUCCCAAGUUGUUAACGAUGCCGAUUUGAAGCAAACUGUCACUGAAAAGCGGCGUUCGGUUAAGGCAGUUGAAGAAUUGGUGAAAAUGGCAAAAGCACAAACGAGGAUUGCACGUCCACAGCUCUGUGCCAUCCUCCAGUCCGCUUUCUCUCAAGAAGGCCUGCAAUCAGCUGCGUUUUCGGCGUGGAAUGCAAUGCUCCGAAACAUGGAAGACGAAGAUGUGGAGACCAUGCUUGAAAGCACUUUUACAACAGUGAUUCAACGAUGGGACAAAUUUGACGCACCCACUCGAGUCAAAGCCGCAGCAAUCUUGGACUAUAUACUGAAGGAAAGAUCUCGGCUUGUGCGGAACACGAUCGUCAAUCUGCCUUCCCUCUCUCACAUACCACAAUUGAAAAUUCUGGAGGAGCAGGUCCAGGCUCUCAGAACGAAAACUGAUAAAGCCAAUGCAUUUGCAAUUUUCAGUCGCAGACUUGGCCAUGAGAACUCAGGAGUGGUUACCCAGGCUUUAGAUGAGCUGAAGAAAUAUCUUUGCCAAAAUCAAGAAUUUCUUCAAACCUCCGCGUCAAGCGAACAGCCGGAUGCCGUUGUUGGACAGCUAGUCCGAGCCGUCUUGGACUCGUGUGUUAGAUUUAAUGGCUUGCAGGAGAAAAUCUCAAUCCUGGCUGCAGAGUGUCUUGGCCUGAUUGGAUGCCUCGACCCGAACAGGGUCGAAUCGGUGCGAGCGCCACGCAGUAUGGUCGUAAUCAGUAACUUUGAGGAUCCUUCUGAGACAACAAAUUUUGUCUUGUUCACCCUCGCGGAGGCAAUCGUCCCCGCCUUUCUGUCUACCACAGACACACAAUAUCAAGGAUUUCUCUCAUGGGUCAUGCAAGAGCUUCUCAGAGGGACUGACUUCGCAGAAGUCUGCGUAGACGUUAUGAGAAACGUCCGACCUGAAGCAGCGGCCAACGAUGUCUAUCAAAAAUGGCUCGCAUUACCGCAAAGUGUGCAAAAUACACUUACACCAUUCCUCACAUCAAAGUUCAUACUCAAAGACAUUGCCCCAACUGUAUACGAAUAUCCCAUUUUUCGACCAGAGCAGCCGACCUCUAGCUUGUUCAGUACAUGGCUCAGAGCUUUUGUCCUUGACCUUCUACAGAAGCAGAGUUGUCACAAUACGAAGAUUCUUUUUCCGCCGUUGAGACGGGCUAUUCGACCCCGGGAAGUCUCUAUUGCUAACUUUCUUCUCCCAUACCUUGUACUCUACGUUAUCAUUGAAGGAACGGACGAAAACAGGCAAGAAAUAGGGCAAGAUUUGCUUAACAUCCUAAAGUAUGAACCACCAGCCAAGCUUCAGGAUAAUGUGAAGCUGUGUGUUGAGGCAGUAUUUCGUAUCCUAGACUAUCUAGCAAAAUGGACUCAGGAGCGGCAGAUCAAAGCCAGUCAAUCCAGGGGACAAGACUCUGCAGAACUUGACAUUGCAAAGAUUAAUUCUGUUGUGGAAAUGAUCCCCCCAGAAAUCAUCUCUGCUCGUGCUCUAGAAUGCAAGUCCUACUCACGUGCGCUAUUCUAUUGGGAACAACACAUACGGAAUGUCAAGAAGGCUGGCAUACGUCCAAACGAAGAUACCGCAUUGCUCGAGCGUUUGCAGGAGAUAUACACUCAAAUCGACGAACCAGACGGGAUCGAAGGAAUAUCUGCACAUCUGCAAGUUGUAGAUAUCAACCAGCAAAUCCUAGGUCACCGAAAGGCUGGGCGGUGGUCGGCUGCUCAAAGUUGGUAUGAGAUCCAGCUAGCCGAAAAGCCUGACGAUGUCGAAGUACAAUUGAAUCUGCUGACUUGUUUGAGAGAGUCUGGACAACUAGAUGUUUUGCUCAACUAUGUCGACGCGAUGUUUCUGUCAAAAAAACAAGCUAUGUCUAAACUUCUUGGCUUUGCCACCGAGGCAUCGUGGGCAACUGGAAAGUGGGCUGCAUUGGAAAAGUAUGUCGUGAUGCACAAAGACCUAACCGCAGAAAAUUUCAGUGUCAGUAUCGGAAAUGUGCUGUUGGAUUUGCAGAAAGAGGACACCGCAGGUUUCAACAAAAAGCUUGGCCUCCUGCGAAAUCGCAUCACGAGCUCAAUGUCACGGUCAUCUACAUCGUCAUUCAGUGCUUGUCAUGAUGAUAUGCUCAAGUUGCAUGUGCUUACUGAACUUGAAAUGAUUGCGGGAAUGGACAGCACACCUGGCACAAACCCAGACCGCACCAAGCUUCACGAGUCGCUGGAUCGUCGACUUGAGGUUAUCGGGUCGUAUUUAAGUGACAAGCAAUAUCUCCUCGGAAUCCGUCGAGCCGCCAUGCAGUUGUCUAGCCCAAGUUUCAACAAUGGAGAGAUUGCUUCCACGUGGCUUACUACCGCGCGACUCGCAAGAAAAGGGAACGCUGUUCAUCAGUCAUUCAAUGCUGUGCUCCACGCUGCGCGAUUGGGAGACGAGUCAGCAACUAUUGAACAUGCCCGACUUCUAUGGAAGGAAGGUCAACACCGGAAAGCGAUCCAGAGUCUACAAGGCGCCAUCGCUGGUAAUGCAUUCAUGUCUCACAACAAGAGCAUCCAUGCGACGAGUUUCACCAAUAUGGAUUCUGAACAGCAGCAAAACCUUUUGACUGCAAGAGCACAUCUGCUUCUUGCAAAGUGGUUAGACAGUGCUGGUCAGACAAACGCCACGGCCUUACGCACUCAAUAUCAGCUUGCUUCGAGGACCUUUCUUCAUUGGGAGAAAGGCCAUUACUAUCUUGGACGCCACUACAACAAACUUCUCGAGGCUGAAAAAGACAUCCCCUUCGAACAGCAGAAACAAACAUAUCAGACAGGUGAACUGUCGAAAUUAAUUGUCGAAAGUUAUCUGCGAAGUAUGCUCUAUGGUACCAAAUAUCUCCACCAGACCCUGCCCCGAGUUCUUACACUGUGGCUCGACCUUGGGAAUCCCUUGAAAUUGUCAGGCGAUAUCAGGACUGGGCCUCUGAAAGAGUAUAUAUCCAAUAUCGAAAUAGCCCGAAGAAAGACUUUGGAUAACGUGCAUCAAAGAUGGGACAAGUAUAUCAACAAAUUGCCUGCGUAUAUGUUUUAUACAGCCUUGCCGCAGAUAGUGGCUCGUAUUGCUCAUCAUAACACAGAAGUGUUCAAAUUCCUUCAACUUAUGAUUGCGAAGGUCAUUGAAGCAUAUCCUCGACAGGCCCUUUGGAGUCUCCUUGCCGUCUGCUCAUCUACCCAGUCGGAUCGAAAAGCACGCGGCGGGAACAUUCUUACUCGAUUGCGCAACUCCAAAAGAGCGAAAGGUUCUCAUGACAUGAAACUCCUCAUAAAAAAUGGCGAGAGGCUUUGUGAACAACUUUUGAUGGCUUGUAAUGCUGGGGAGUUUCAGGGUAACAGAACGAUUUGGGCAAGUCUGACAAAAGAUCUGGGCUUCAAUCAAAGAGCAUGUCUUCCAAGCGAACUGGCCGUUCCGGUUGAGAGGGUCUUGACCGCUACCCUGCCUACUCUUACGGAGAGUACGACGCGGCACCAAGCAUUUACACGCGACGUUGUCACGAUAGACAGCUUCGAAGAUGAAGUCAUGGUUCUGAGUUCUCUUCAGAAGCCUCGGAAACUCACGGCUCGCGGAUCUGAUGGUAAGCUGUACAGGCUUAUGUGUAAGCCUAAGGAUGAUUUGCGAAAGGACCAACGUUUGAUGGAAUUUAACAGCAUGAUCAAUCGAUCGUUGAAGCGCGAUGCGGAGUCUAGUAGACGACAACUGUACAUCAAGACUUACGCUGUUACGCCUCUCAACGAAGAGUGUGGACUCAUUGAGUGGGUAGAUGGCUUGAAGACCCUUCGAGACAUUCUCCUCGGAUUGUACAAGACUAUGGGAAUAGUCCCAAAUUACCGUGAGAUAGAGAUGUACUGCGAUGAAGCUAUCAAGAGUGACGACAAGAUGCCAUUCUUUACAGAAAAAGUUCUUGGGACAUUUCCUCCUAUGUUCCAUCGCUGGUUUGUCCAACAGUUCCCGGAACCUUCAGCGUGGUUCGCAGCUCGACUCCGCUAUACACGUUCUUGUGCCGUUAUGUCAAUGGUGGGAACCAUUCUUGGCCUGGGUGAUCGUCAUGGCGAGAAUAUUCUCUUCGAAGAAGGCAAUGGUGGAACUUUCCAUGUCGAUUUCAAUUGCCUUUUCGACAAGGGUCUUACCUUCGUCAGACCUGAACGUGUGCCAUUCCGCUUAACACACAACAUGAUCGAUGCGAUGGGAAUAUAUGGCUACGAGGGGCCGUUCCGCAAGUCCUCGGAGCUCACACUGAAGCUUUUAAGACAGCACGAGGAGACCUUGAUGACUAUUCUUGAGGCAUUCGUGUACGACCCCACGCUCGACUUGUUGAACAAGAAGCCAGACAAAAAGAAGAGGGAAGGAUCGGCGAAUGUACCGCAGACUGCUCAAGGUGUACUUGACAGUAUUCAAAGGAAGAUUCGGGGUUUGCUAGCAGGAGAAAGUGUUCCACUUGGUGUGGAAGGUCAGGUCGAUGAAUUGAUUAAGCAGGCGACUAACAAGGUCUUUUUGGCUGGGAUGUAUAUCGGUUGGUGUUCAUUCCUGUAA